AUGGAUUCUCGCAGUCUUCUGCUUCCUAUUAGUGCGUCUAAAGAGGAGAUCGUUUGCGCAUUAGAAUCUUCGGAUACCCUAAUCAUCACUGGAGAAACAGGAAGUGGAAAAUCUACCCAAGUGCCCAUUAUCAUAUAUGAAGCCUUCCUCAGUGCAGCAUCCAAAAAUGCCAUCAUUUGCGUCACACAGCCAAAGAGAAUAGCAGCCAUGACACUUGCCAAAAGAGUCUCCUAUGAAAUGUCUGUUAAGUUGAAAGACUCCUCAAUCGAUACCAAACUUGGUGGGCUUGUUGGCUAUUCUGUUCGGUUUGAUGAUAAGACAUCAUCGUCUACCAGGAUCAAGUAUGUGACAGAUGGCAUGUUGCUUCGAGAAUAUCUUAUAGACCAUACACUUUCCACAUACGCUUACAUUUGCAUUGACGAAGUUCAUGAGCGAUCCAUGAGGACAGAUAUCCUUUUGGGCCUGCUCCGAGAUCUUCAGAACUCAAGAAAGCUCAAGAUAAUUCUCAUGUCCGCUACGAUGGAAUAUGAAAAGUUUUUCAAUUUUUUUUCCAGGCCAUCCCUUCCAAAAGAAUUGAGCGUAAAGAAAGUCCAUGUCAUUGGGCGUCAGUUUCCGGUCUCGAUUUUUUAUACUGAAGAGCCUCAAAAGGACUAUGUAGAGGCAGCCGUUUUGACCGUUUUUCAAAUCCACUUUGAAAGUCCGCCUGAAGGGGAUAUUUUAGUUUUUCUUACAGGGCAAGAAGACAUCGAGGCGGCCCGUUCCAUUAUAAUUUCCAAUAGCCCGAAGGACAAUAAUUGGAAAGGAUCUCCUUCUUUGAGCAUUGUCCCUAUUUAUGCAGCGCUUCCACCUCAUCAGCAAAUGGAGGCAUUUAAAAGAUCGCCCCCAGGAACAAGAAAAGUGAUAUUGGCAACCAACAUUGCCGAGUCUUCAGUUACCAUUCCUGGGAUCAGAUAUGUUGUUGACUGCGGGCUUUCAAAGUCUCGGGCUUUUCAUAGCAAUUUUGGCCUGGAAAGUUUGAUAAUAUCGCCAAUAUCGAAAGCAUCUGCUUUACAGCGUGCAGGUAGAGCGGGAAGAGAGGUAACGAGCGUUGAAAUUUACGGUAGGGACCCGGUUAUUGCUAUCGCCUUUAUACUGAGAGUUGCUUUUCCUCUCUGGUUCCUUCUACGGUUCCGGAAAUCAAAAAGUAUUUGCAAUUUGGCCAAUUUGUCAAACAUCAUUUUGUUCAUGAAAGCAUCUGGAAUCUCCGACAUUCUUUCUUUUGGUUACAUAGACCCGCCACAUCGGUCUUCUAUUGUAUCUGCAUUGGCGUCCCUGCAUUCUCUUGGCGCGCUUGAUAAGUGUGGUAACAUUACAGAGCUUGGGAAAAAAAUGUCUUUAUUCCCGUUGGAUCCCUUUCUUUCGAGGACCAUCUUGGCAGCGGGAGAUCUUCAAUGUGCAGAGCAAGUUUUGUCAAUUGUGGCUUUGCUUUCCGUUGAAAAUCUAGUUUUCAAAUCCAAAAAAGAGCUAUCAGUGGAGGUUGACAGCGGCGAUUCUUAUGAGCCAAUUAGCUCACUCGAUACGGAACAGAACGUCCCUGCUCUUAUUGACUUUUACCAUCCAAGGGGUGACCAUCUUACUUUGUUGAACAUUUACGAGUCAUACGCCAAAGCAACGGAUAAAAAAACGUGGUUCAGCUCCCAUCCUUCAAUAAACAGAAAGUCAUUUGUAAUGGCAUUGAGGACUAGGGAGCAGCUCUGGGGGUUCUGCAAAAAGGCCUCCAUUACAACAUCGUCAAAUGCAGCGGACUCGGAGACAAUUCUGAAGGCAUUUAUUGAGGGCUUCUCUUCAAAUAUUUCUGUACUCACACUGCCUUCUAAAAGAUAUAAAGGUCUGUCGUCAAACCAGGAAGUUUCCAUCCACCCUUCUUCGGCUCUUUUUUACAAAAAGUCUAAAGCCAAAUAUUUAAUGUUUAAUGAACUUGUAUUCACAUCCAAGUCAUUUAUGAGAGGGGUUUCCAUCAUUGAUGGGCUGAUUGGAAAGGAAGCUGCAAUGUAG